AUGGACUCGUACACAUCUUUUCGGGACGCUUCGGCUCGUUCUCCGGCUGAUCGCAGCUGGAAUCGUGACGACUCUCGCAACCGCGAUGAACGCCCUGAUCGUGGCGAUUCCUUCUAUCGUGGAAGAUCCCCAGGCCAUGACCGUCGAGACCGCCGCCGAUCCCGCUCCCCUGCCACUGUUGACCGCUACGAGCCCCGAACCCGGCGAGGAGAUGACCGGGACCGUGAUGAUAGACGCCGCAUGCAAUCCCCACCUGCCAACAUUGAUCGAUACGUUCCUGGCCAAGAUUCCAGCACUGGCAGCCCAAGCGUGAACCCUCUUCACGACCCGGCUAAGCUUCCUUACCAGGUCGGCUUCUCCUACUUCGGAGAAUGGUGGAGAAUAAAUGAGAAGAUGAAGGAGGAGAGGGAGCGAGCGCGCACUGGUCGACGUCGCGAGCCAGAAAGGACUCGUGGCCCAGAAGAUCGUGAAAAGGAAAAGGCCAAGAUCCAGGCUGCUUACGAUGCGUACAAGGAGGAACUCCAAGCCAAGAUGGCUCGCUCAUUUGUGUCUGAACACAAGAAGGAGCAGUGGUUCAAAGAGAGAUACGUCCCUGAGAUCCGAGAUGAUUUCAGAACAAAGUUGAAUGAAUCCCGACGCGGUGCCUACAGCCAGUGGGAGCAAGAUCUUGAGUCAGGUACCUUUGACGACUUCUCUUUGGAAGGUCUUCCCAAGAGUGAGAGUAAUGGUAGCGGUGGCGUUGUUGAAAAGGAAGAGGGAGAGGCGACAGCCACAAAUGAGAUCUUGGGCGUUGGUGACCUUGUUCCUGCCAACGGCGCUGACAUCCGUGACGAGAACCAAUUACAGCCAACCCUUUUGAUCAAGACCAUUGCACCCCAUGUAAGCCGCCAGAACCUCGAGGCCUUUUGCAAAGAACAUCUUGGUGAGGAGGAGGGUGGCUUCAAGUGGUUGUCCCUGUCCGAUCCCAAUCCUAGCAAGCGAUACCAUCGCAUUGGAUGGGUUAUGCUUCAUCCUUCAUCAGAAACGGCUCUCCCCGGGGACCGUAUCGAUCCGAAGGAUGAGGAUGGUGACGAGGUGCUCAAAUCUCCCCUGCCGGUUUCCACUGCCGACAAAGCCUUGGAGGCCAUUAAUGGAAAGACUGUCAAGGAUGAAGUUCGAGGUGAUUUCGUCUGCCAUGUUGGAGUACAUAACCCACCUGUUCACCCCAGGAAAAAGGCACUUUGGGAUCUCUUCUCUGCCCCCGAGCGUAUUGAUAAGGAUCUACUACUUGUGCAACGAAUCGUUAACAAGUUUGAGGAAGAAUUUGGUUCUGAUUUCCAGGCUACGUUGAAGAUCGAGGAAAAGGUUGAAGAUCUGAGAAAUGCAGGUCAACUUCAGCCGGCUAUUGUCCCAGCACCCGCUAAGAAGGUCAAGAAGACCCGAGAGGUUGGAAUGGACGAAGCUAUGGACGAGGAGGAAGAUGGCGUUAUUGAUAUCGAAGAGGAAGAAGAGGAGGGCGCCGUUGAAGACGAAGAAGUCGAUGACGAAGACCUUUUAGUUAAGAAGAAGCAGCUCGACCUUUUGAUCGAGUACUUGCGUCGCGUCUUCAACUUCUGCUUCUUUUGUGUUUUCGAGAGUGACUCGGUUCACGAGCUUACCCGAAAAUGUCCUGGUGGGCACUUGCGGCGCCCUCGAAGCACCCUUUCGUCCACAGCAAAGGCUGUUGCAAGGGCCAGUGCGAACGGAGACCCUUUCCCUGGCAAGAAGCGAAAUGAAGAUGAUGCCGAGGGCGAGCUCACCGAGAGUGAAAAGAAGUUCCGAAACACCUCUAACAAGACUGAGCAACAGCUCCUUCGAGCGUUCAAUUGGGUCAAGACCUUCGAAGACAAGCUAACACAAAUACUGGAUCCCCAUUCUGUCGAUAUUCGAAAGCUUGGUGGUCGUCCUGCUGAUGAGGCUGUUGAAGAGGAGCUCAUGAAGCACGUGAAGCAAGAAGACGAGCACAAGUGGCGAUGCAAGGCUCUUGAUUGUUCUAAGCUGUUCAAGGAAGAGCACUUCUGGCGCAAGCACGUCGAAAAGCGUCACAACGACUGGGUUGAUACCCUCAAACAAGAGUUCGAACUCAUCAAUGCCUAUGUAAUGGAUCCGUCGCAUAUCGCCCCUUCCAGGACUGAUGCGAACUCGAAUGGCCACUUCCCAACUUCCAAUGGCCAAUCCAGCAGCGGAACACCACGCGGUUUUAACCUCCAGAACUUUUCCAUGAAUGGCAUGAUGGGUAUGCCCGGCUUCCCAAUGCCUCCUGGUAACUUCAACCCCGUGUUUGCCAACAUGCCUCCUGGAGGAUGGCCUCCAAUGGGCGAUGAUCGCGCUGGCGGAGGCCCUAUUCGCCGAGGAGGCAUGGGUGGUGGUCGAGGCCAGUAUCGAUCUGGGCCUUAUGACCGUCGCGGCGGCCCCCGUUUUGAUGGCCCUCGCAACCGAAACGGUGGCUCGCGUUGGGGUGACGGUGCUGGAGCAGCCGCUGGAGGUCCUCGUGAGGCUGUCCAGGGUCGCAGCCUUAAAAGCUACGAAGAUCUUGACCAAGCCUCGGGUGGUGGUAGCGGCGAGCUCAAUUAUUAA